CCCUUCCCCUUCCCGGCGCGGCCACUUCUUUCCAGCUCACGACCGUCCGAUCACACAACGCGUGCAGAUCCAACACCUUCCCCCUUCACCUUGUCUCCUUCUCCACCACCUCCGACUCCGGAGCUCCAGCACAGCGAAGAAAUUUACCCAGACACCCUAAACUCCCACUAAAUUCUCCAAUGCGGCUCCUCCCCCUCCUGCUCCUCCUCGCCGGCGCGGCCGUCCGCCUCUCGCUCGCCUCCGACGACCCCUUCCUCUCUGGUGCGCCGGCGAACCACAGCUACAACAUCGACUGCGGUGGCGCGUCGGACUUCAUCUCCGUCUUCGGCCGCCGCUGGCUCGCGGACCGCUUCUUCUCCGCGGGCGGCGCGGCGGGGAUGGUCGCCGAGCCGCACCGCUUCCCGCAGCCGCAGGAGCGCACGCUCCGCUUCUUCCCUCCCUCCUCCGCCGGCAAGUCCUCCUGCUACUCCCUCCCGCUCCCGCCCGGCCGCUACUACCUCCGCCUCUUCUCCGUCUACGACAACUACGACUCCAAACUCCGCUCCCCGUCCUUCGACGUCUCCGCUGCCGCCACGCUCGUCCUCUCCUUCCGCUCGCCCUGGCCUGAGCCCGCCGCGCGCUACGGGGCCUACUCCGACCUCAUCUUCCCCUCCGCCACCUCGCCCACCUCCGAUGUCUGCUUCUACUCGCUCUCCACCGACGCGCCCGUCGUUGCAUCCAUCGAGGUCGUGCCCGUCCACCCGCUCGCGUACGACGGCGCCACCACCGGCGCCGACCUCAUCCUCGUCAACUACGGCCGCAUCACCUGCGGGAACAGCCUCUUCGGCCCGGGCUUCACCAACGACUCCGACGCCUUCUCCCGGGUGUGGCAGGCGGACGUCGAUUUCCGGAACAAUGACCUCAACUACGACGCAAUUACUGCCGGCGGGAGGAAGAUUUUUGGCAGCAACCAGCCGCCCAAUUACUUCCCGACCAAGCUCUACAAGUCGGCGGUGACCACGGGCGGCGACGCCGCGAAUGAGAUCGAGUACCUGAUUCCGGUGGACACGAGGCUGUCGUACAUGGUCUGGCUGCAUUUCGCAGAGAUCGAUGCUGGGAUCGGGUCAGCUGGGCAGAGAGUGUUCGACGUAAUGCUGGCCGGGAAGAAUGUGACGAGGAUCGACAUUUUCAAGCAGGUCGGAGGGUUCACGGCGUUCAAGUGGACCUACAUUGUGGAGAAUCUGACGAGCUCGACCAUGAGCGUCAAGCUUGUGCCAGUAGUAGGACGGCCGAUUCUGUGCGGGCUCGAGAAUUAUGCAAUGGUGCCGCUUGAAAUGAGGACGGUGCCAAGCCAAGUGGCUGCAAUGAAGGCGUUGAAGGAAUCACUGAAGAUUCCGGCAAGGAUGGGCUGGAAUGGGGACCCGUGUGCGCCUAGGACUUGGGACGCAUGGGAGGGAGUCACUUGCCACCGCGGUGACAAAGGUCUUGUGAUCACCCAACUGGAUCUGGCGAGUCAAGGACUAAAAGGUUACAUCACUGAUGAAAUAGGUCAUCUGAAAGACUUGGUAAGCUUGAACUUCAGCUAUAAUUCUUUGACAGGAAGCAUACCACCAGGUUUAGGCCAACCUUCACUCGCGUCACUGGAUUUGUCAUCAAAUGAGUUUAUUGGAAGCAUUCCUGGCACCAUAGGUUCAUCCAAAUUACAGAUUGCUUUACUAAACAACAAUCAACUCGAUGGGCAAGUUCCAGAAAUACUUUACUCGAUUGGUGUACAUGGUGGUGUGAUAGAUCUCUCAGGUAAUAAAGGCCUCUGUGGGGUGCCUACCUUACCUGCUUGUGCAUUAUUCUGGGAGAAAGGAGGGUUGAACAAAACUGGCAAAAUUGCACUUGGAGCGUCGUUUGGGUUUCUUCUGCUUGUCAUACUUAUGGUGGUCUACAUACUGUGCAUCAGAAGGGGGCCAUACGACUACAAUUUUGAGUUCCCUCAAGAUUUGACUUCCAUAUCAGCAAUCUCAGCGAAAAGGAAUAGGUACCAGAGGGCGAAGUCCGUGAUGCUUGCUGAGAUGGAAGCACAUAGCCCAGAUGGUUUCUACACAAACGGGAGUACCCACUGAGAGUGACAUGCAUAGGAAAUUUUCUCGCUCACUGAUCGCUGUAUUUAUUGAAGAAGCACUCAUGGUGGCUGCAGGCUUGAAGCAGGGAUCUCGGUUCUGAAUCAAUUUUGCCUGUUGUCACCAACAUGGCCUCCUUCCAACUUCUGUCAGCUUCCACUCCAUGGCAGUCACACUUGCAGUUUGAGCUAUUCGAAAGGUAACAUAUAGGAGGCGGUGGUUGUGGUGUAGUGCCGCAAUUCUUUUUAUGGAUGCUAACUCUGUGUUCGGAGUCUCCUGUUAGUUUAGCGUAGGCAUAUGAGCAUGCCCAUUCAGUGAACCAUGUAAAAGCAACCAGGACCGGGACAGAUUCCAGCGUUGUAUGAUGGGGAUUAACUACUACGGCUGUGCAAAGGGUAUUCAUUUUUGUAUAAAACCUGACAUUGUGUUACUGACCAUCAAGGACAAUGGAAUUAUUAGUUUGCAUGA